AUGAAGCAUAAAGAUGGAAAACCGAUCAACCAGCCGAACAAGAAUCGGUCUCUGUCUGCGGCGAUCACUGUCAUUGUCCUAUGUGGUUUGUCCUUCUAUUUAGGUGGGAUUUUUAAAUCUGCAGACGGUGAUGGUGUUGGUGUUAUCAGUGCCAUUCAGAAAUCACUUGAUUCUUCUUCUCAAUCAUCUGGUACUUUGCAAAUUAAGCCAGUCAAUUUCCCCGAAUGCGGCAAUGAUUAUCAAGACUACACUCCUUGCACAGAUCCAAAGAGAUGGAGAAAGUAUGGUACCUAUAGGCUUACUUUGUUGGAGCGACAUUGCCCUCCGAUUUUCGAGAGGAAAGAAUGCUUAGUUCCUCCUCCAGCUGGUUACAAGCCUCCAAUCAGAUGGCCUAAGAGUAGAGAUCAAUGUUGGUACAGGAAUGUGCCAUAUGAUUGGAUUAACAAGCAAAAGUCUAAUCAGCAUUGGUUGAAAAAGGAAGGGGAUAAAUUUCUCUUUCCUGGUGGAGGUACUAUGUUCCCUAAUGGUGUUGGUGAAUAUGUUGAUUUAAUGCAAGAUCUGAUCCCUGGAAUUAAAGAUGGGUCUGUUAGAACUGCAAUUGAUACUGGUUGUGGGGUUGCUAGCUGGGGUGGUGACUUGUUGGAUCGCGGUGUUCUAACAAUUUCUCUUGCGCCGAGAGAUAAUCAUGAAGCUCAGGUUCAAUUUGCUCUAGAGCGUGGUAUCCCGGCAAUUCUUGGUGUCAUCUCUACUCAAAGACUUCCUUUCUCUUCAAACUCAUUUGAUAUGGCCCAUUGCUCUAGAUGCCUUAUCCCAUGGACGGAAUUCGGUGGAAUUUAUCUUUUUGAAAUUCACCGAAUCCUUCGUCCGGGAGGAUUCUGGGUUCUCUCUGGCCCACCAGUUAACUACGAGCGAAGGUGGCGCGGAUGGAAUACAACAGUGGAAGAGCAAAGAUCAGACUACGAGAAGCUACAAGAUUUGCUCACAUCAAUGUGCUUCAAAUUAUACAACAAAAAGGACGACAUUGCUGUAUGGCAAAAGGCCCCGGAUAACAGUUGCUACGACAAGCUCCCUAGAGAAACCUACCCUCCAAAAUGUGAUGACAGUUUCGAACCAGAUUCAGCAUGGUACACUCCGCUUCGCACUUGCUUCGUUGUUCCAGAAGAUAAGUACAAGAACGCAGGCCUCACCUACAUGUCGAAAUGGCCUCAAAGGUUGAAUGUUGUACCCGAAAGGCUUUCAGUUGUUCAAGAAAAGAUCAGAAAUGUGAUGGAUAUGAAUACAGCUUAUGGAGGUUUUGCUGCUGCUUUGAUUAAUGAUCCUUUGUGGGUUAUGAAUGUUGUUUCAUCUUAUGGUCCUAAUACACUCCCCAUAGUUUUUGAUCGCGGUCUUAUCGGUACCCUCCAUGACUGGUGUGAAGCUUUUUCAACAUAUCCUAGAACCUAUGACCUACUUCAUGCUGAAGGACUCUUCACUGCAGAAAGUCACAGAUGUGAAAUGAAGUAUAUGAUGUUGGAAAUGGACCGAAUUUUACGGCCCGGCGGCCACGUCAUAAUCCGAGAGGCUAGUUACUUUGCUGACGCGGUUGCAACUCUUGCAAAGGGUAUGAGAUGGAUAUGUCACAAAGAAAACACUGAGUAUGAUGUUGAGAAAGAGAAGUUGGUGAUAUGCCAGAAAAAGCUGUGGCAGCCAUCCAACUCAGGAUCAAGGUGA